AUGUCAAAUGCGACGACAAUAAAUCAAGGGGAAUCUAAUAGCAAAAAAACAAGCGUUGUUAUUAAAGGUAAAAACAUUUUCAGAAUGUGUUUAACAUUUAUUAUUUAUCUUUUAGUGGGUAUGAUUGGUGACUCCCAAAUAGGAAAAACAAGUCUUAUGGUGAAAUAUGUAGAAGGCUCUUUUGAUGAAGAUUAUAUUCAAACUCUUGGUGUAAACUUUAUGGAAAAAACAAUUUCUAUCCGGAAUACAGAAAUUACAUUUUCUAUAUGGGAUCUUGGAGGACAACGCGAAUUUGUUAAUAUGCUUCCAUUAGUCUGCAAUGAUGCAGUUGCUAUUUUAUUUAUGUUCGAUUUAACACGUAAGAGUACACUUAACAGUAUAAAAGAAUGGUAUCGACAGGCAAGAGGCUUUAAUAAAACUGCCAUUCCUUUUCUCGUUGGUACUAAAUAUGACCAUUUUGCGAAUUUUCCUAAAGAGGAUCAAGAAGAAAUAACUAAACAAGCUAGACGUUUUGCUCGAGCUAUGAAAGCAUCACUUAUCUUUUGUUCAACAUCACACUCUAUUAAUGUACAAAAAAUUUUUAAAAUUGUACUUUCAAAAGCAUUUGACUUAAAAUGUACUAUACCUGAAAUAAUUAACAUUGGAGAGCCAAUAUUAGAAUAUACUAAUAUUUAG